GCGUUUCGUUGGUGGCUCGAAGAGUAAUACGUUUAAAUGUGAACAUACGUGAAAAUACAACUACCGACAUCUGUCACAAGGACUUGAUCACCUGUGGUCACAAGCAGUGAAAGUGGAGUAGAAAAUAAUGAUGUAAUUAAAGGAUUUUAUGUGGAAUGAAUAGGCUUGAAGACAGUUUGUAAUACCAUUUCAACAUAACGCAUUACUUAAUAACAUCUGUAAAUCAAUAUCUUUCACCUCAAUCCUUAUCUUCGUUCAGAUCUUUACCAGCAGACGACGCAAACAUUUGCCUACUCCCUGUGUCCGUCAAUGUGGCUAAAACACACAAGCGUGCUAUUGAACCACUCAUUCUGUUGAAGUCUUUUCAGAGGAAGUGUUAGUAGCGGACGUGGCCAAACACAAGCGUCAUGUGUGGAAUCUUUGCAUACCUGAACUACCUUACCCCAAAGACCCGACGUGAGAUUUUGGAGCUUCUCGUCAAUGGGCUGAAGAGACUUGAAUAUCGUGGUUAUGAUUCUGCAGGAGUGGCGUUGGAUGCUGCUGAUGGAAAGGACAUUUCUAUUGUGAAGAAGAAGGGAAAAGUGAAGGUUUUGGAAGACGAGAUUAAUUCAAGGAUAAAUGAGUUGGAUUUUGAAGGCACCACUGAUAGUCAUGUUGGAAUUGCACAUACACGUUGGGCAACACAUGGUGUUCCCAGUGAAGUCAAUUCCCAUCCCCAACGCUCUGAUGUCAACCAUGCUUUCGUAGUUGUGCACAAUGGUAUUGUUACAAAUUACAAGGAUGUUAAAGUGUUCCUCUUGAAGAAGGGUUACCAGUUUGAAUCAGAGACCGAUACAGAAGUCAUUGCUAAGCUGGUGCAUCAUAUCUACUUACAGAACCCAAACUGUUCUUUCAGGGAGCUGAUAGAACAAGUUAUCCAGCAGUUGGAAGGAGCAUUUGCAUUAUGCUUCAAAAGUAAGCAUUUUCCUGGUGAGUGUGUUGCAACUCGUCGAGGUAGCCCUCUGCUGGUUGGAAUAAAAGCUAAGACACGUCUGGCUACUGAUCAUGUACCAAUUCUGUACAGCAAAGAUGAACAACCUGUAGCAACAGAUGCAGAGUCACAAAACCCAGAUCACCGACCCCAUGGUAGAGGUGACUUGCCAAUUCUUCCCCGUUCUGACUCGACAGCAGAGUUCCAGCCACUGGAAGAUAAGGAAGUGGAAUACUUCUUUGCUUCUGAUGCUAGUGCUGUCAUUGAGCAUACAAACAGGGUGAUUUUCUUGGAGGAUGAUGAUGUAGCUGCAGUGAAGGAAGGUUCUUUGAGUAUUCAUCGGCUCAGAAGAUCACUUGAUGACUCUCACUCUCGCGAAAUUAUCACUCUUAAAAUGGAGAUCCAGCAAAUCAUGAAAGGUAACUACAGCUCUUUCAUGCAGAAAGAAAUUUUUGAACAACCUGAAUCAGUUGUGAAUACCAUGAGAGGGCGUCUUAACUUCGAGACCCAGACUGUUAUUCUUGGUGGUAUAAAGGACUACAUACCUGAAAUCCGCCGUUGCAGACGCUUGAUGAUGAUUGGAUGUGGAACAAGUUACCAUAGUGCAGUUGCAACAAGGCAGCUACUGGAGGAACUCACAGAACUUCCAGUCAUGGUAGAAUUGGCAUCUGAUUUCCUUGAUAGGAAUACUCCUGUCUUCAGAGAUGAUGUAUGUUUCUUCAUAUCACAAUCUGGUGAAACAGCAGAUACGCUAAUGGCGUUACGUUACUGCAAAAAUCGUGGUGCUCUCAUUGUUGGUAUUACAAACACUGUUGGCAGUUCCAUCUGUAGAGAGUCACACUGUGGUGUUCACAUCAAUGCUGGACCUGAAAUUGGUGUUGCAUCAACCAAAGCCUAUACAUCACAGUUCAUCUCUCUUGUAAUGUUUGCUCUGGUUAUGAGUGAAGAUAGGAUAUCCCUUCAGGCACGUCGAUCAGAAAUUAUCAAGGGACUCCAGCAUCUGGAUGAGCAGAUUAGAGAGGUUCUGAAGCUUGAUGAGAAAGUUGAAGAACUAGCCAAAGACUUGUACCAACACAAAUCAUUGCUUAUCAUGGGAAGGGGCUAUAAUUAUGCAACCUGUAUGGAAGGAGCGCUUAAAGUAAAAGAACUGACAUACAUGCACAGUGAAGGUAUCAUGGCUGGGGAAUUGAAACAUGGGCCUCUUGCACUUGUUGAUAAUAAUAUGCCUGUCAUUAUGAUUGUUACAAGGGAUCCUGUUUAUGUUAAAUGUAUGAUUGCUCUGCAGCAAGUAACUGCACGUGAGGGAAGACCCAUUAUCAUAUGUGAGAAAGGAGACAGAGAGACCCAAAGUUUUGCAUCUAGAUCCCUCGAGGUUCCACAUACUGUAGACUGUCUUCAGGGUAUUCUGACUGUUAUCCCAAUGCAGCUUCUUUCUUAUCAUAUUGCUGUACUCAAAGGAUGCAAUGUGGAUUGUCCAAGGAACUUGGCAAAGUCUGUAACUGUAGAGUAACAGCAGUGGUAGUAUAUUGAAGCAGCUGAUUCAACAAUGAAGAAAACAUCUCUUUUUGACAUCUGAUAACAUACUUCAUCUGUUUUGACAUCCAUUACAAAUUGUUAAAUUUAGUCUACUCUCUAGACUAUAUUAUUUUUUAAUAUAAAUAAUAAAAGAGAACUUUUAAAGUCAAUUCUAAAAAAUAUAUUGAAACUGUGAAUUGCCAAAUUUUCAGAAUUUCUAUGCUGAGAGCACUUGGGUAAGUGGCCUACUUAGACUGGCUAUUCUUUUAUGGUACAUAUUCUCCUGCUUUAGUAUAAUGGUAUGGAUGUCUACUUUGUCUGUGUUUACACUGACUGUUCCCUCAGCUCCUGUGUCUCUUUACAUUACUGAGCUAUUAUUUAUUCUUUUAAAUCCAUUCCUCUACUUUUCAAGUUCAAGAUGGCAGUACAUGCAAUUUGCAGUGAUUAAUUCCAUUGUCAUCCAAAUUAUUGCAACUUUAUUAGCUGACUAAUGGAUUAGAUCCUUAGGUCAUCUAAAUUUUGGUUUAAUGGCCUAUGCCAGGUGAAAGUUUCAUUUUGUUUAAUUAUAAUAUUCAUUCUGUGAUGGAAUAUCAAUAUAGUGAGCAUGUUGGGUGUGUGUGUAGUUAAAUAUGUGCAUGCAUUUAUAUGUGGCAGGUAGAUGGAUGAAAUAUGGUAUUUUAUUGUAUGCUAUUAUGACUUGGAUGCAAUGAAUAGAUGGUCAUUAAGUAUCUUAGAAUUAACACGCAGUAAAUACGAGUAUGUUAAGGGAUCAAUCAAUUUAAAAAUCAGCGUUUAUAUUUCAGAUUUAUUCAGUGAUCAAUGUAUAGCAUUUUGGAUGUUAAUUUUAAAAUAUCUUAGUUAAUAUUGAAAGAUUAUUUAUCAUGUUAGUUGAUAGAUAUUUGUCUAUAUUAAUAUUUUCCAUGAAAUAUAAAUAUAGAAGAAUAUUCCAAUCACAUGUGGCAUAUGAGAUAUAUUUUGUAACAGGUGAACAAUGUACUUAGGUAUUUUAAGGUAAUUUUCUGCCAAGGGCUUCAUCAACAUAACUCAUUAAUUUGCAACAUAUAUAUAUAUAUAUAAAACUCAUUUUGUUUGGAUUAUGGUAUAUUUCCUCAUUGCUUGACACUAAAAUGAAAUUUAAAAGUGUUUCAUUUUUAAAUGCAUUCCAAUGAGAGAUUGUGUUAAUAAAUGUUUGUCUAAAUAA